AUGGACCCGUCCGCGCGUGUUUACUCCAGCUUCAAGCUCUACUUCUACGAUUUUGUCGUCCUGGUCGUCUCAAAUGCGCUCGCCUGGCGUUGUUCCACCAGAGCCGUACUCCUGCCCUUCUUCCAAGCACAUAUAGGCGAGCGCACACACCUCGAUAUCGGUGUCGGCACCGGCUACUACCCCGCACACUCCAUCUUGAAGCUCGCACGGACCACGCACGUAACCCUGUUCGAUCUGAAUCCAGCCACGCUCCACAGUGCGGAGCAGCGCCUCCGCACGGCGGGAUACAACGGGGUGAUUGAGAAAGUUGAGAGGAGUAUCUUCCUCCCUCUUCCGGAAUCUCUUCAGGCCAAAUUCGACUCUAUCUCGCUCUUUUAUGUUUUCCACUGUCUCCCAGGAAGCUUCCCUGAAAAGGCCAUUAGCGUAUUCACCGUGGCCGCUGCUGGGCUCGCACCAGGCGGCGUCCUCUAUGGCGCGACUAUCCUCGGGCAAGGCGUCCAUCACAACUGGUUCGGGAGGCAGCUGAUGGCGUUCUACAACAAGAAGGGAAUCUUCGGAAACACGAAGGACAGUGCGGAAAACCUUGAGCUAGCCUUGAAGGAGUGCUUCGAGGAUGUUAAAAUAAGAGUUGUCGGAAUGGCUGCUCUUUUCGAGGCGCGGGGUCCGAUCAGCAAGUAA